AUGGCCGGUGCUAGGCAUAGUUGUCUCUUCUGUAGGAUCAUCCAAGGCACGCUGCCGUGCGCCAAGCUCCUGGAAACCGACAAGACCCUUGUCUUCCUGGAUAUCGGGCCUGUCUCGGAAGGACAUGCGUUGAUCAUUCCGAAAUUUCACGGCCAGAAGAUGCACGAUGUGCCCGACGACUAUCUCCAAGAGAUCCUACCGAUCGCGAAGAAAGUGGCCUUAGCCAUCGGCGCAGACGACUAUAACAUCUUGCAGAACAACGGCAGACUGGCUUUCCAGCAUGUGAUGCAUGUGCAUUUCCACGUCAUUCCAAAGUACGACAAGGCUACGGGACUCGUAAUCAACGAAGAGACGUGGCCACGAGUAGAGGUCGGCAUCGAUGGGUUAAGAGAGAUCCAGCAGAAAAUCACGGCGAAACUGGAAGUAAAGAGCGAGGAGGAACCAAGCCCGGAGUAG